AUGUCCAGAACUGAGUCUUUAUUUACCGAUACCGUUGACCAUCAAUAUUCCAAACCUUAUCCACAUCGUCUUGUAUUCGUUUCGUACCGUUAUCUUCAUACUCGUCUUAAUGGUCGGAAUCGUCUGAAUCGUUGUAAGCGUUUUGAUCGUCGUAGUGGUCGUAAUAAUAAUCGUCGUACUAGUUGUAGUAGUCGUAAUAGUCGUAGUAGUCAUAAUCGUUUGGUCGUAGUGGUCGUAGUAGUCGUAAUCGUCGUAAUCGUCUCGUAUCGUCGUAAUAAUCGUAAUAGGCGAAAGGUUCGUAAUGUUCGUAAUGUUCGUAGUGGGCGUAAUGGGCGUAGUCGUCGUAGUCGUUGUAUCAUCUUAAUAGUCGUAGCUGCGGUAGCUGUGGUAAUCAUAUACUAA